AUGUGCGACUGUUUCCACCUGGCUUUCCCCAACUGGCACGCCGCCUCCUCAGGGACGGCUGGUCGAAGGCUGAGAGGACCAGAGCCCGGAACAGAGGACGAUUCAGUAUGUGACGAGCCAUCUCAGUUCACAGAGGCAGAGAGACCACGGCCGCAGGGAUCGUCCCCCGUCGAGGAGUAUCCUGAAAUUGAAAAAUACAGCGACAGUGACAAAGAGUGUGAAGCAGAGUAUGACCCACACCACAAAAGUGGGAGUGGAAAGAAAACGAAAAAGUCUGGGCUCGGGUCCAUGUUUGAAAAACGCUCGACUCCAAAGAUGAGUAAACUGAAGGAAGCUCACAGCCCUGAGUCUGGGCUGAUAGUGAAAACAGCCAAAGAUGGAUGUGCAGAGGGUCUCAUUUAUGGUGGAGGGGGGAAAGAGGGGAUCUUCAUUAAGGAAGUGGUACCAGAGUCACCUGCGUCAAAAAGUCUGAAACUGAAAGAAGGUGACCAGAUUCUGAGCGCCACUGUGUAUUUUGACAACGUGUCUUAUGAGGAUGCCAUUCAGAUUCUGGAGCACGCUCAGGCUUACAAAGUGAAGCUCUGCUUGAAACGCAAACCAGACAUCACAGAGACUGAACCAGCCGGCGAGACCGACGUUAUCCCUGAGGAAGAACUUGAUGCUCCAGAGAUAAGGGAGCAAGGAAAAACGAAAAGACGUGGGGAUGCUCGCAUUUCGUGGCCUAAGUUUCCCUCCUUUGGAAAGGGACGGAAGUCACGUUUUACCAGGUCUCACAGUUCCUCAGAGGCUGAUGAGCAGAGAAAGCUCGAGCUUAGCCCCACCACAAGUGACACAGAGUCACCCAUAAAAUCUCAGGAUGCUCUCAAAGGCAAGAAGAGACACAAAAUGAAGCUUUCUGUUUUGACAAAGAGAGGCCGCAUAAGUUCAUCUGAAGACCAGGACACAGAUGCACCAACUGGGCAAACCAGUGGCGACCAUUAUCAGACAGCAUCAGAGAUGCUUUCACCUGAAUGCCCUGAAAGCCUCACAGGAGAAAUACCUGAGGAUCUGAAAGUGGAGGAAAAUUUAAGACCUGAGCAAAGUGAUCAAAAACUGACCGACCCUCAAAAUGUUCACCACAAGGUGGAACUCAUCAGUCUAGACAGCACUUUGAAAACAGCAGAUCUAACUGUGGCUCUGGCAGAUCAAGAAAGCUCCUCUGGUAUCAAGUCCCCCAGUGAGAAGAAAAAAAAGAAAGAAAGGUCUGAAUUAAAAAUGAAGAUCAUGGGGAAAGAUAAAUCACACAAGAAAGAUGCAAAAGCAAAAGCCUCUCCAAAAAGGCUAAAAACGCUGGGGGCAAGUUUUGAAAUAGAUCAACCUGAAAAUGAAAAAUCAGAUCUCAUCCCAGGUUCUGAGUCACACACAGAAGUACAGGGAGAUCAACUGCCACUUGAUGCCAACACCCAAAUAAUCAGCAGUGAGAGCACAAGGGCAAAGUCGGUGACAACCCAGAUGGAAAUGAGUGUCCCAAAGGUGGAACUUGUACAAAAAUCUCCAAAGAAAGGUGAAGAAAAAGCAAAGAAAGGCAAGGACAUUAAACAAAAACAAGGAAGAAAGACAAGUCCAACAUUCAAACUGCCUAAAAUAGGCCUGACUGACAUUGCAGCUGAGGAAACUAUACAAAAGACUAAUGCAAAUGUUGAAGAAAGCCCAGCUAGAAUCGAGCAGCGUAAAAGCGACGGUACAGAAGUGAAUGAAGAUCCUUACGACAGACUGUCAAAAAGCACUCUUACCAGAACGCAGCUUCCCAAACGUGAAGAGAUUGAGAUUCCAGGUAUGGAGGACAUGUCUAGGAAGAUCACAACCAAGGGAAUGAAAGAGCCUAAAAUGGUUUUAUCAGGACAUUAUGAAGAAAUUCAAGCUGAAACUGUACAACUGUCAAUUGAUGUUGACAGUGUGAAAGAGGCAGUGUCAAAAUUGCCUGGAUUUAAGGUGCCUAAGGUUGACACAUCUGGAGUGCCUAUUCCUGAGGAAAUUACUGUGAUAGAUGCGAAUGCACAAAGAAUAUCAGUCAAAACACCUACUAAAGUUGUAGAUACAAAAUCAAAACAUGACGCACACUUCACUAGGUUUGAUGUAACUGCUUCUUCAGAAAUCUCCAUGCCUACAGUCAAACUACCAAAGAUCACACCUGCUGAUCAAACCACAGAGGAGCCUUUAACUGAGACCAAGGUAGAUUUUGAAAAACAUGGAAAAGAACACAAAACUAAGCAAAAACAAAGUGACAAAGAGCUGAAAACUGAGGUCUAUAAGCGAGAAGAUAUUGUAAUACCUGGCAAAGAAAGUGCACAAGAAGCCAUUCUACAGGCACAAGGAACUGAGAAAACACAAGAGGGCCUCACAUUUGAAUAUAAAGGGCAGACUUGGGGAGCCAUAUCUGAUGUCAAAAUACCUGAAAUCGAUAGCAUUGAAUACAUCGAUUCAGCUGGUGGUUCACCAGCCCAAAAGGAUGGUGGCAUUAGGGUUCCAGGUUUUGGUGUUACUCUUGAUGCUACAAAGCCAAAGGCUGACAUCUCCUUUCCAGAGACCAGAAGUGAAGUAAAAGAUGUUGCACUACCAAAGGCUAAAGCUGAGAUCAAACUCCCAGAAGCCCCUGAGGCUGACAUUACUCUUGGAAGGGUAGAUGUUUCUGUUCCAGCACAAAAGUUGGAGGUCACCAAACCUGAACUGGAAAUCAAACCUCUGCAGGCUGAACAUGGACAAGGAAGCAAAUUCAAAAUGCCAAAGUUUGGUAUCAAAAUGCCAAAAAUAAAAGGGCCUGAAUUUGACUUAAGCUUGUCAAAGAAAGAUGGUGCUGUCACACUAUCAGAGGCUAAAGCUGAUGUCAAAAUCCAAGAUGCCCCCGAGGCUGAUGCCAGUCUUGGAAAAGUAGAUCUUUCUAUUACAGCUCAAAAGGUGGAAGUCAAAAAGCCUGAGUUGGAAAUCAAACCUCUGCAGACUGAAGGUGAACUUGAUGGACAAGGAAGCAAGUUCAAAAUGCCAAAGUUGGGAAUCACAAUGCCAAAAGUAAAAGGGCCUGAAAUUGACUUCAGCUUAUCAAAGAAAGACACAGAUGUUACACUCCCAGAAGCCAAAGCAGAAGUCAAACUCCCUGCUGUUGAACUAAAAGAUCCCUCUGCUAAAGUGGAAAUAAAAACUCCUGAGAUUAAAGGUGCAGAAAAAGAUGUAGAAGGAUCACCAUCAAAAUUUAAAAUGCCAGCUUUCAAACUACCCAAAUUUGGAGCUGCUGCUCCAAAUGCCAGCUUUGAAGUAUCUAGCAAAACCAAAGAUAUUCAAAUUCCUGAAACACAGCUGAAAGCACCUGAAGGUGUUGACACUGCAGUUGACAUUACAGCAUCCAACAUCGAUAUGGAGGGUCCAUCGCUUGAUGUGAAAACAACAGCAGCCGACACUGAUGGAAAAGGAAGCAAGUUCAAGAUGCCAAAGUUUGGAAUAUCACUGCCAAAAGUAAAAGGUCCUGAAAUUGAUUUGAGCUUAUCAAAGAAAGAUGUAGAUGUCACAUUGCCUGAAGCUGAAGUAGAUGUCAAACUUCCAGAGGCUGAACACACAGAAUCUGGUAUUAAAGUAGAUAUCAAAGGUCCAGAGAUCGCAGUUCACCAACAGGAUGUUGAAGAAUCACCAUCAAAAUUUAAGAUGCCGACAUUUAAGCUACCAAAAUUUGGAGGUGGCGCUCCAAACGUCUCUGUGGAAGUACCUGAUAUGGACAAAGAUGUCAAAAUCGAUGGAGCUGACAUUAAUAUUUCAGAGGAGGGGCCUGCGGUUAAUAUUGCAGUACCCAGCGUUGACGUUGAGGGUCCUUCAAUAGAUGUGAAAACUACAGGAAGUGAGCGUGAGGGAAAAGGAAGCAAGUUUAAAAUGCCACAUCUCAGCUUCUCUAUGCCUAAGGCCAAAGGGCCUCAAAUCAGUUUAACAAAGAAAGAUGUAGAUGUCACACUGCCAGAGGCAAAAGCCAAGGUCCAACUUCCAGAAGCUCCUGAAGUUGAUAUCAGUUGUGGAAAUGCAGAUGUUUCUAUUCCAGAGGCAAACUUAGAGGUUGAACAGACUGAGUUAGACACAAAACCUCUACAUGGGGAAGUUGAAUUUGAUGGACAAGGAAGCAAGUUUAAAAUGCCAAAGCUGGGAAUGUCAAUGCCAAAAGUAAAAGGACCUGAAAUUCACUUUGGCCUAUCAAAAAAAGAUGAAGAUGUCACACUACCAGAGGUCAAAGCUGAAGUAAAAGUCCCUGAAGUUGAAAUAAAAGAACCCUUUGCUAAAGUGGAUGUUAAAGCUCCUGAGGCAAAAGCUUCAGCAAAAGGUACAGAAGGUUCCCCUUCAAAAUUUAAGAUGCCAACCUUUAAACUACCAAAAUUUGGAGUUGGAACUCCAACUGUCUCUGUAGAAGUACCUGAUAAGGACAAAGAUGUCAAAAUUGAUGGAGCUGACAUUAAUAUUUCAGAGGAGGGGUCUGCGGUUAAUAUCGCAGUACCCAGCAUUGAGGGUCCUUCAAUAGAUGUGAAAACUACAGGAAGUGAGCAUGAGGGAAAAGGAAGCAAGUUUAAAAUGCCACAUCUCAGCUUUUCUAUGCCUAAGGUGAAAGGACCUAAAAUUGAUUUAAGCAUGCCAAAGAAAGAUGUAGAUAUAACAUUACCAGAGGCUAAAGCUGAUGUCAAACUUCCAGAGGUUGAUCUUGGUGAAGUAGAUGUUUCUAUUCCAGAGGCUAAGGUGGAAGUUCCAGAGGCUGAAGCUGAAGUCAGGCUUCCAGAUGCAGAGUAUGAGGCAGAAAUGGAUGGACAUGAAGGAAAUGUGAAAGCCAUACCACCUGAAGUGGAGCUUAAGGCACCAGAGGGUGAUGCAGAAUUAGAUGGGCAGGAAACCAAGUUUAAAAUGCCAAAGUUUGGCAUCUCAAUGUCAAAAGUAAAAGGGCCUGAUAUUGACCUAAGCCUCUCAAAGAAAGAUGUAGAGGUGACACCACCCAAGGCUAAAGCCGAUUUUGAAAUCCCAGAAGCUCCUAAAAUUGCUGUGGAUGUGAAAUCACCAGAGCAUGAAGCAGAAAUUGAUGGGCAAGACAGCAAGUUCAAAAUGCCAAAGUUGGGAAUCACAAUGCCAAAAGUUAAAGGGCCUGAAAUUGAUUUGGGCUUAUCGAAGAAAGAUGCCAAUGUGACACUUCCAGAAGCCAAAGCUGAAGUCAAACUCCCUGAUGUUGAGCUCAAGGACCCUUCUGCUAAAGUGGAAAUUAAAGCUCCAGAGGUUGAAGCUCAGUUAGGUCAUGUAGAAGGAUCACCAUCAAAAUUUAAAUUGCCAACAUUCAAAUUACCUAAAUUUGGAGGAGCUUCUUCAAAUGUCACUGCAGAAGUACCUGAAAUGGACAAAGACAUAAAUGUUGAUGGAGCUGGGUUAAAAAUACCCAAAAACAGUGCUGCAGUUGAUAUUACAGCACAGAGUAUUGAUAUUGAGGGUCCAUCUCUUGAUGUGAAAAUGACAGGAACUGAAGCUGAGGGAAAAGGAAGCAAGUUUAAAAUGCCAAAGUUUGGAAUUUCAUUGCCAAAAGUUAGAGGGCCCGAAAUUGACUUGAACUUAUCAAAGAAAGAUGUAGAUGUCACACUCCCAGAAGCCAAAGCUGAAGUUCAACCUCCAGAUGUUAAAAUAAAACAACCAUCUGCAAAGGUGGAAAUUAAAGCUCCUGAGAUUGAAGCUCAAAUAGGUAAUGUGGAAGGAUCGCCAUCAAAACUUAAAAUGCCAACAUUCACAUUACCCAAAUUUGGAGCUGCUACUCCAAAGAUGAGUGUGCCAGUACCUGAUGUGGACAAAGACAUUAAAAUUGACGGCACAAAGGUGGAAGUCCUUAAAGCGGGAGCUACAGUGGAUGGCACAGCAUCCAGCAUUGACACUGCAGAUGUUAAAGGAAGUGAACUUGAAGGAUCAGGAAGCAAAUUUAAAAUGCCACAGUUUGGCAUCUCAAUUCCCAAAGUGAAAGGACCUGAAAUUGAUUUAACUUUAUCAAAGAAAGAUGUAGAUGUCACAUUACCAGAAGCUAAAACUGAGGUCACACUGCCUAGUGCUGAAGUCAAAGAACCCGAAGGUGUCAUUUCAAUGCCAGACGCACCUACAGUUGAGGUUGAAACCAAGCUGAAACGACCAAACUGGACAUUUCCAAAAUUUUCAUUUUCAAGAACAGGCAGUAAAGCCCCCGAUGUUGAUGUCAACAUUGAAACACCCAAAGCUGAUGUUACAUCACCAGAGGUAAAAGCAGAAGUCUGUCUACCAGAUGUUGAAGUCAAAGGAACUUUGGGGGUUGCUUCAGUGGAAGAGGCACCUGCUGCAGAACUUGAUGCAAGCUUGAAAAAACCAAAAUUUUCAUUACCUAGAUUUUCGUUUUCAAAGCCAAGUGUUACAGUACCCGAAGUAAGUGCUGAGCUUCCACAUGUUGAUGUUUCUCUUCCAGAGGGAGAAGUAAAAGUACAGCAACCUGAAAUGGAAAUUAAAGCUCCUGAGCUUGAAGCUGAAUAUGACAAGGAAGGAAGUGCACAAGGAAGCAAGUUUAAAUUACCAAAGUUUGGCAUUGCACUACCAAAAGCAAAAGGACCUGAAGUUGAUUUGAACGCUUCACAGAAAGAUGUAGACAUCACUCUGCCAGAAGUUAAAGCAGAGGUCAAACUCCCUGAGGCUGAAGUCAAGGAAUCUUCAGCAAGCACGGAGACUGAAGCAAAGUCAAAAGACGUUGGAGGAUCACCAUUAAAAUUUAAAAUACCAACACUGAAAAUGCCUAAAUUUGGAGGUGUUACCUAUGAUGUCACUUUAGAAGCACCUGAUGCAGGCAAAGCUGAAACUGACGGAGCCAAACUUAAGGAGGAUGUUGCUCUCAACAUCAAAGGUCCAAGUGUUGAUAUUAAAACUGAUAUGUCCAAAGCAACAAUAUCGGAUACUGAAACGCCAAAGACUGAGACUGAAGGCGCGGGUCAUGGAUCUCCAAGUAAAUUCAAACUGCCAUCAUUUAAAAUGCCGAGGCUGAGUUUCUCAAGACCCAAACCUGAAGAUGAACAUACCCCUGGUGACAAUGAAGCCAAAGGAGAUCAGCAGGAAAUGGAAGUUGAGCAACGAGAAGGGACUAAAUCACCAAAGUUGAGUUUGACAUCAUUUGGUGAGAUCCUCAAGAGCAUUGAUGUUGAAUUUGAUGUUCCAAAAACAGACAAAGGUGAAGAAAACCUUGAAACCUUAAAGGAAGCGCAUGAAACAAGUGAACCCAGUGGAAAGCAGUUAGAGGCAAAGGAAAAGGAAACAACUACCAAGCAGGAUACAACCAAAAGCCCUGAGAGGACAGGUUGGUUUAAAUUCCCCAAGUUUGGACUGUCCUCCCCAUCAGAACCAGCCAAGAUUUCUGAAAAAGACGAGCACAAGGAUGAAAAGAGCCCAGCAGGGGAAACAGGGGAGGAGGACAUAAGCCCCACCUGUUCUGUCCAGUCAUCGGACGCAUUUGCUGAUGUUAGCUCGACAAUUACAAGCGAGCAUGUUGGCCUGUCCUUAUCUUCUCCAACCAAAGUUACUGUCAAAUACUCUGAUCCUAAUGAAGCUACAGGGCUUGGAGAGAUAAAGAGUAACAUCAUUACUUCCACCACAAGAACCGGACUUAUCUCGUUUGAGCCCAACGUGCCUGAGAAAAUCACUAUUCUGUCAUCUGGAGUUUCAUCCUCAUCCGAAGACACACUGAAACUGGAAUCUGGAAAAAUACAUGUCAUUACAACAAAUAUACAAGCAACCCCAGAAGCACAGCAUGCCAAGCUACUGACUGCUGUCCAGGUCCAACCAGCUGCAAGCCUUCCCCUAACAUCAGGAGCGAACGAAGCUGCAUCAUGGACUGUUGAAGAGUCACAAGGCGGCAAGAGAACGGUCUUUGAGAGGCGUUUAGUCAGGGAAACAUCAAGUGAAAGAAGUGAAAGCCAGGGAACCAUCGUUAUAACUAAACAAAUUACACACAUAAUUGACUCUUCUGAGCCCAUCUCAGGUGAGACAGCCUCAUCCAUACAACGACUGAGAGAGACUGUGCACUCGGAGAAAAUGAGGUUCUUUGAUGGAGCUGAGAAGUGAAAAACUU